AUCAAAAAAAAUAAAACUCCCAAUAAUGGGAUUCCUUAAGCUCCCACAAUGGAUUCAACGAGCCGUCGAGUUUUUGCAUCUCAAAUCCAAACAAAAGGAAAAGAGGGGACAACCAGAACCGGCAUGCACAUCAACUCAAAAAAUAGAGAAACCUAUACCAGAGGUCCCACCACCACCACCAAAAUACAAUGCCGCAGACUUUUUGUUUUCAAAACUCGUCAAACAGGAUGUGGUCAAACCUCCUGGAUCUAUUCCAGAGGGGAUGCCAUUUAAUAUUGAGGAUUGCGAGGAUUGUAGUAUCCAUCUUUUUGAUCGGACGGCUCAAGUUACUAUUGACGCUUGUCAUCGGUGUUUUAUUUUCAUUGCACCGUGCGAAGGAAGUGUGUUUAUUAGAGAUUGUCGGGAUUGUACUGUGGUCGUCGCCAGUCAACAGUUUCGUUUACGAGACGGUCACUCUCUGCGUAUAUCCCUCUAUUGCGCAACGCAGCCUGUCAUUGAAACGUCUUUUGGGAUUCGGUUCAGUUGUUUUCGGUAUAGUUAUCCUCGGUUGCGUGAUCAAUUCCGUCAAGCAAAGCUGCCGCUGUUGAGGAAUGAGUGGAGUAAUGUAUAUGAUUUUAAUGACUCGACGGGAAAGAAUUGGUCUUUGGAGGCGCCGCUAGAAGCUGAGGAUUAUCCACGUCUUCCUGUGGACGUGCAAGAAACUGUUCAGGUGGACGUCACCCAUGCGGGUAUUGUACCAUUGGCAUUAGGUCGUCCGUCACGACGCUCUGACGAGGAGAAUCGCACAAUGAUCUCUUUUGCACCAGAGGAUGUGACACUGCAUAUCCUUUGGAAGCUCCAAGAUCAGGUCUCCAUUACCCGGAUCAAGGAACGAACGUACUCUGCAGGGGAUGUAAACCUCUUGUUUGGACAUGUUGGAGACGAUCGAAUCAAAACGGUCGCAGGGCAGAAAGGUAAUGUGUGUGGACCUUUGGGGCACGAGGUUUUGCUGCAAAAAAAAAAAGCCCGAGAUGGACACGGGAGAAUGGGGCUUGCUGAUGCCCGAAAAUUGGUUUCUUUAGAUCAAUGUUUUGUCAUUGAAUUCGAGUGCAAGGCAUUGGAGAGCGUAUGGGCAUUGAUUGGUGAAAGCAUGCAGGAUACGUCAUGUGUAUAUAUUUCUAGGGAUCGAGAAACGACUGUCAAGGACAAAGAAGUGUUUUUUGGUGGACAAUAA